UACUAGAUUUCUAGAAAAUAAGCAAAGCUUUCCAAAUGCUCUUACCACUAUAUUAGCGCUCUCCUGUCCAAAUUUGGUAGAUUCCAUUAUGACAUUAUUUGCAAAAAUUGGUUUAUCCAACAUUUUGUCAACUAGAAAUUUGUUCCUCUGUGUUUCAUGGUUCCCCCAGAGAGGGGUUAUUGAUGAGGUUUGUGACUGUCCAUCACUGUAGGAUUCUAAAGUAUAUUUGCAGAAACCUAGAGGGGACAGACACAUAUGAUGUGGGGCUCCUUGAGUGCAUGGACUUUACUUUAUUCAAAUUUGCAUGGGCUGUGCCCGGUACAGUACCUGGUACAUUGUGAGCGUUUAUGGAAUGAGUACUUAAAUUUUAUAUUUACUAAUUGGAAUAUAAAAUCAUUCCUAUUGGAGUACUUCAUCUUUGCUCAGUGCCUCUGGACCUCCUCUAGAGUCUCAAGGCAGCAGUCCUUUCCCUGCUGCCUUAAUGUGUGAGACCCAUAGGAGAGCAAGCCCCAGGUGUUUAGGUGCAUUUUGUCCUCCACCAUCUAGCCCCACCUUCCAUUGGAGACCCUGGGAAAGAGCUCAAUUUUAAAACCACUGUUUUGGGCACGCAACAGUUACAUAAACUGUUCACCUGGAAGCUUAGAUUCAGGCUGAGAAGAAAAGUAGUGGAGAGGCCAGGGUCACCCCUGUGAGCUAGAGCCCUCAAGGGCAAAGUCAGGGAGCUGCAGAACUCAGCUGGACCUUCAGGGUCACAAGAACAAAGUUGAGAUGAGGUCAUCAGAGGGAGUUCCUUAUCUGGUCAACACUUUGUGCAAAAGGCACCAAGAGGAAUGGGUAUAAUUAUGAGGUCAAAUUUACUCCAUCCUUUGAUUGUACAAUACAUGGGUUGGAUAAAUCAAGGAUCAAAUCAUGUCCUGUGCAACCUGGUAGUUUCUGCAAAAGCUUAAUAUAGCACAAGUGUGAGUCCAUUCUCCUAACACCAGCUUCAUAAAGGGAAUCUACUGUACUUAACGGAAAAAAAAAAACCUUAAAAACUGCUCUUCUCUUGAGUUCCUAUGCUAAAGCUAAAUGUGUUCCUGUUACAAAUGAACCUCCUAUGGUGAAAUCGGACACAGUAGGGUCAUUUCUUUGUUUUAUUGUGAUACUUGAUUUUUCAUCAUUUAAAAAGCAUGCCCUAGAUUUAAUUAUCACAAAUGAGGGUUUUCUCUCUCUCUGUUUUACCAAAACAUUUAUGCCUCAUGUAAAUGCACAGGUUGUUUCCAGCCACACUUGACCUGACUAUGGGAAAAGAAGAGAAAGGUUUGCUUCUUAGUCUCUAUCUUUAGAGCAUUGUGCAUUCUCCAAAUAGUUCAGUCGCCACUGUCUCCCACCUGCAACUUUUCAUUAGCUAUUCUUGGAUUGAGAACUUUACAGUGUUCUAUGUGGCUUGCUGUAAAGUUUAGCAGGAAUUCUAUUUUCCCUAAUCCCCUUCAGAUUGUAUUCAUCAGAACAGCUUGUUUUCAUAAAUAUAUUCCAAAAUAAUCUGUCCCCAUUUGUUUUUAAGUAUAAGAAAUUUAAGUCUGUAUAAUAUAUAUUAAAAUAAGCCUUAGCAAGGUAUCUUUUGAAGUAAUUGAAAACUCUGACAUUGAUUAAAGUAUCUUUCCUAGUUUGUAACUAUGCUAUAAAAUUAGUCACUGGUUCAGACUAUUAAUUAAAGCAAUUUUUCAAAUUAAGGCAUCCCUUAAGAUAUUUUAAUGUUUCUAAAACCAGGCAUUUAAAAGUGUACAUUCUGGCUUAUGCUUUGUUGCAUAAAAGAUAUAAUCUAAUACAGAUGUGGGCAUAGAAUCUAAAAUGAUUCUCCAUGUUCCCUUUAAUGUGUUAAUGCCUUAAAAAUUUUGGCUGAAAAAUGUCUUAACCAAUCUAUACUAAAAUUAAAUGGAAUAAAUUGUUUAGAGGUAAUGCUGGAUUCUAAUGUAUAUUAUAUUAACUAUAUAUCUUUACAUAAGGAGAAAAAUGGGCCAUGUCAUUUUGUUCCCUCCCAGAAAAGAAGGCAUACCCAACCAACAUUUUAGUAUUGAAUUUGCUGUUUAUUUUUAACAUUUUCCUUCAUUUAAAAAAAUUCCAUGAAAGUACUAUGCAUAAUGUUUCUAAAUUCACCUUUCAGUCCCUUUAAUGAAAGAUUGAAAUAUUCUUAUAACUAUGAAAAAUCAUUAGUAAUUUUUAAAUUUUCAAUAAUUUAUAUUAGAGUUAUAAAAGACAUCCAUUUUGCUUUACAAAAUUAUGCUGAAAACUUGGUGUUGUUCAACCUGUUUUCCACUGAACACCAGUGGCCUCCCGGUGUUGACAGGUAUUCCUUGGAAAUGCAGCCCAUGUUCAAAUAGGCUCUAAGGGAUGGAAAUAAGUUGGCACAGAUGGAAGAAGCACCGCUUUUUCCAGGAGAAUCAAUUAAGGCUGUUGUGAAAGAUGUCAUGUAUAUCUGCCCAUUUAUGGGAGCAGUGAGUGGAACCCUGACAGUGACGGACUUUAAGAUGUACUUCAAAAAUGUAGAGAGGGAUCCACAUUUCAUCCUUGAUGUUCCCCUUGGAGUGAUCAGCAGAGUUGAGAAGAUUGGCGUGCAGAGCCAUGGGGACAAUUCCUGUGGUAUAGAGAUCGUGUGCAAGGAUAUGAGGAACUUGCGACUUGCUUAUAAACAGGAGGAACAGCGUAAACUCGGAAUAUUUGAAAACCUCAACAAAUAUGCAUUUCCUCUUUCCAAUGGGCAGGCACAAUUUGCAUUCAGCUAUAAAGAAAAAUUUCCAAUUAAUGGCUGGAAAGUUUAUGAUCCAGUGUCUGAAUAUAAGAGACAGGGCUUGCCAAAUGAGAGUUGGAAAAUAUCCAAAAUAAACAGUAAUUAUGAGUUCUGUGACACCUACCCUGCCAUCAUUGUUGUGCCAACUAGUGUAAAAGAUGAUGACCUUUCAAAAGUGGCAGCCUUUCGAGCAAAAGGCAGAGUCCCUGUAUUGUCAUGGAUUCAUCCGGAGAGUCAGGCAACGAUUACCCGUUGCAGCCAGCCACUGGUGGGUCCCAAUGAUAAACGCUGCAAAGAAGAUGAAAAAUACUUGCAAACAAUAAUGGAUGCUAAUGCACAGUCCCACAAACUUGUCAUCUUUGAUGCCCGACAAAACAGUGUAGCUGAUACCAACAAGGCAAAGGGUGGAGGAUAUGAAAGUGAAAGUGCUUACCCAAAUGCAGAGCUUGUAUUCUUGGAGAUCCACAACAUUCAUGUGAUGAGAGAGUCACUACGUAAAUUAAAAGAGAUUGUGUACCCUUCCAUCGAUGAGGCACGGUGGCUAUCCAAUGUGGAUGGGACACAUUGGCUGGAAUAUAUAAGGAUGCUUCUUGCUGGGGCAGUAAGAAUUGCUGAUAAAAUUGAAUCUGGGAAAACCUCUGUGGUGGUGCACUGCAGCGAUGGUUGGGACCGAACAGCCCAGCUCACAUCUCUGGCGAUGCUGAUGUUGGACAGUUAUUACAGGACCAUUAAAGGAUUUGAAACUCUCGUAGAAAAGGAGUGGAUAAGCUUUGGGCAUAGGUUUGCACUGCGAGUGGGCCAUGGUGAUGACAACCAUGCUGAUCCUGACCGUUCUCCUAUAUUUCUUCAAUUUAUUGAUUGUGUUUGGCAAAUGACAAGGCAGUUUCCUUCAGCAUUCGAGUUUAAUGAACUAUUCUUGAUUACAAUUUUGGAUCACCUUUAUAGCUGUCUCUUUGGGACCUUUCUGUGCAACUGUGAACAACAACGACUCAAAGAGGAUAUAUAUACAAAGACUAUAUCUUUAUGGUCUUAUAUCAAUAGCCAGCUAGAUGAAUUUUCUAAUCCCUUCUUUGUGAAUUAUGAAAACCACGUGUUAUAUCCUGUUGCUAGUCUGAGUCAUUUGGAAUUAUGGGUGAACUAUUAUGUACGAUGGAAUCCACGGAUGAGACCACAGAUGCCAAUUCAUCAGAAUCUCAAGGAGCUGCUGGCUGUCAGGGCUGAGCUGCAGAAGCGGGUGGAGGACCUGCAGAGGGAGGUGGCCACACGCGCAGUCUCGUCCUCGUCCGAGCGAGGCUCCUCACCCUCCCACUCGGCCACUCCUGUCCACACCUCAGUCUGAUGAGCAAGGCUGGUGUCUCGGGCCAUCUUGCUGCUCCACUGUCUCCCGGGUGGCUCCAGGACCUGGCCAUUGCUGUCAGGGCUGUAGCUUGUGAUCUUGUGUCUUAGGAUUAGGCCCAGGGACCAUCUGUGUGGCUAGGUGGCAGCUCCCACUGUCAGUAAGUGCUUUUUGUUUUGUGAACAGCCUGCCACCCUCCUAUCAGCGGUUUCACGGGGGAGCCAGUGUCACACACACCCUGUGAACCACCUUCCCCUACCGUGGACACCUUGGGGGAAACUCAAGUGGCUGCAACACAGCACUUAGGCUUAAGACCAUCUCAUGCCAUUUCUUUCCAAGUUAAACCCUUCAUUAGAAAAAACACCGUUUACUUGAAAGACCACACUGCCAGGCAUGUGGCUUCUUUCAGCUCUUUGCCACAACUUGAAAACUGUUUUUAAAUGAAAUAUUUGGGGGAAUACAGACCAUUGCCAUCUAGUUGACAGUUAUCUUCAUGCAAGGGUCCUCCUGCACCAAUUACUCUUGUGUACAUAUAAGGUAUUUUUUAAAAAGAGAAACAUGCCUUUAUUUUCCUAUGUCCUUUUUUAUGUUUAGAAUAGUCACCUGAGGAGGGAACUGCUUAACUGGACUAUGACAUAAAUUCUUCUCCCAAUGAACUUCGCUAACUUUUGUGUGGUACAUUUAAAAUAAGUCUUUGGAUAUGGUCAUUUCAAUGGCGAUGUUAUUGUCCUCAACCACACUCUGUACUUGCCUCCUGAGGUGGCCCAGCCCAUUCACAGGGGUAGCAGUGGGUGCCUCAGGACAGCACAAAUUAGGAGUGCCGAGGACUCAGGCAGCUGUGCCUAAGUGCUAGCCUCCCGACAGCUCCUUCAAGAGCAGCGCCUGUCGGUAGUUCCUAGGCUGUGUGUGCAGCCCACCACCUCUUGACAAAUGCCAGGCAUCUGUGUCAAAGCAAGGCUGCUUUGAUUUGCUGGUACAAAAUACUGCUUGUCGUUUUACCACAAUCCCUUCACCUCAGUUUACUCACACAGCUGCCUGUCCAUAUUUUAAAGCAACCACUGUGCUGCGGCUGGGGUUUGUCUGAGCAGAGCACACACUUCCCUUGGCUCUCCCUUCUCAGAGCCAGCCUCAGUGGGGCAGGCUUCUCCAUGUGGUUUUGCACCUUCACUUAAUGAAUUUAAGCUCUGUGAUUCUAAGUCCUUGCAAGAAUGAAUUUAUGAUCAGUUCUUAGCUCCUGUGUGCGGGGUGCCUAUUUCUGCAAGUCACCAGACUCCGACCUGCAGCAGGUGGUAAGCUUUGCUCUCGGAGGCUUAGAUGGUCAGCCCAAGAGCUGCCGCCUUGUAUCCUCUUCUGGGUGGUGUCAAGUCACUGAAUGCCACGUGGAGUCCUACAUGCUGACCUUUCUUUUUAAAAUAUAUUCCUGAAAAUGGUUUUCUAUGGUCAAAUAUAGAGAAUAGAUUUUCUUUCAACUUGCAAUCUUCUGAUUCUUACAGAAAAUUAUCCUUCGAAGAUACUAGAAAUAUUUAUUGAAGAUAAUUUGAUAACCUCAAAUUAAUUCUCCAUUUUUAUCAUCUGGGGGAUUUGUUUCUAAAUCAUAGCCUAAUUAAUGCUAGCUUUGAUUUGUGUUCCCAACAUAUCCAAAAGCUGAUUUAUGGAUAAACUAGUAUUCAUUGAUGUACUGAUUUUUUAAAAUAGAGAGACAUUUCCCAUUUUUAUUCCCCUGGAAAAAUAUAAUUUAAUUUCCCAGCAGUACUAGGACUGUUAAACAUACUGUGGAGUGGAUGGUGCUUUUGGCAGAACCAGAGAAGCUGGGAGGGCUACUUCUUGGUGAGGUGGGCCAACCUGGUGUGGGUGGGGUGGGAGCUGGCCCCUGCCAAGCUGCAUGCGUGCACCCUCACCUGGAUGGUCUCUGCCAGCAGGAUCCCUAGAAACUCCCAUUUGAUUUUUAAAAAAGCACAGCAGAGCGUUUCCCUUUGUAUGUUCCUAGAACAGAACUGUUUCUAAAACAACUUGAAGAAUAGUUUUAUUACCUAAGCAUCUUUUUUUGUUGUUUUAUUUAAGUGUACUAGAAUGUAAAACCUUUACGGUUCAGGUUUUUAAAAACUGGUACAAUAUUGUAUUUGCCUCAUCUGAUGCACUGUAUUUCAGUCUGUAAUUAAAAUUACAAUAUGUUUGCUC